CGGCCCAUCGCACUGAACUCGCACAUCCGUGUCAGCCAGCCAUGGGGAAGAUCACCUUCUACGAGGACCGGGGCUUCCAGGGCCGCUGCUACGAGUGCAGCAGCGACUGCCCCAACCUGCAGCCCUACUUCAGCCGCUGCAACUCCAUCCGCGUGGACAGUGGCUGCUGGAUGCUGUAUGAGCGCCCCAACUACCAAGGCCACCAGUACUUCCUGCGGCGCGGGGACUACCCCGACUACCAGCAGUGGCUGGGCUUCAGCGACUCCAUCCGCUCCUGCUGUCUCAUCCCCCAGCAGACAAGCUCCCACAGGCUGCGGCUGUAUGAGAGAGAGGACCACAAAGGCCUCAUGAUGGAGCUGAGUGAGGACUGCUCCUGCAUCCAGGAUCGCUUCCACCUGAGUGAGAUCCGCUCCCUCCACGUGCUGGAGGGCUGCUGGGUCCUCUACGAGCUGCCCAACUACCUGGGGCGGCAGUACCUGCUGAGACCCCAAGAGUACAGACACUACCGCGACUGGGGGGCCAUGGAUGCUAAGGCAGGCUCUUUGCGGAGGGUGGUGGAUUUAUACUGA